UACCUCAGGCAAAACAGAUUGUCGCAUCGGAGGCAGACGUUACUUCGGGAAAAAGGCAGGAGGCAAACUAACAGAGGGCCAGCGUAUAUGUUCAGUGACCGUUCCACCAGCCUAUCAGCAGAAGAGGAGCGGUUUUUGGAUGCUGCUGAGUAUGGGAACAUUCCUGUGGUUCGGAAGAUGAUGGAAGAAUGUCACUCUUUAAAUGUCAACUGUGUGGAUUACAUGGGCCAGAAUGCUCUACAGUUAGCAGUUGCCAAUGAGCACUUGGAAAUUACAGAACUUUUACUGAAGAAGGAAAACUUGGCACGGGUGGGAGAUGCUUUGCUUUUAGCUAUCAGUAAAGGAUAUGUAAGGAUAGUAGAGGCCAUUCUUGGCCAUCCGUCGUUUGCUGAAGGCAAGCGGCUUACAACAAGUCCUAGCCAGUCGGAAUUCCAACACGAUGACUUCUAUGCCUAUGAUGAAGAUGGAACUAGAUUUUCUCAAGAUAUUACGCCUAUUAUUUUGGCUGCUCACUGUCAGGAAUAUGAAAUAGUUCACACCCUUCUGAGAAAGGGAGCCCGAAUUGAGAGGCCUCACGAUUAUUUUUGUAAAUGCAGUGAAUGUAGUGAAAAACAAAAACAUGACGCCUUUAGCCACUCAAGGUCCAGGAUCAAUGCAUAUAAGGGACUUGCAAGUCCUGCCUAUCUAUCGUUGUCCAGCGAAGACCCAGUUAUGACAGCUUUGGAGCUCAGUAAUGAGUUGGCUGUGUUAGCUAAUAUUGAGAAGGAAUUCAAGAAUGACUACAAAAAAUUGUCUAUGCAAUGCAAGGACUUUGUUGUUGGGCUUCUUGAUUUGUGCAGAAACACAGAGGAGGUAGAAGCCAUUUUAAAUGGUGAUGUAGACUCGAACUGCAGCAGCACAGAUGCUAACGGCCGGCCCAGCCUCUGUCGCUUAAAACUCGCUAUUAAGUAUGAAGUUAAAAAGUUUGUAGCUCAUCCGAACUGUCAGCAGCAACUUCUAUCAAUCUGGUAUGAAAAUCUAUCAGGCCUGAGACAGCAGACCACAGCUGUAAAAUUUCUGGUUGUUUUGGCUGUCGCAUUUGGGCUCCCGUUUCUUGCCAUGGUUUACUGGUUUGCCCCAUGCAGCAAGCUUGGUAAAAUAAUGCGUGGUCCGUUCAUGAAGUUUGUAGCCCAUGCAGCCUCAUUUACCAUAUUCCUUGGUCUGCUAGUGAUGAAUGCCGCCGACAGGUUCGAAGGCACCAAGAUCCUUCCAAACGAGAGCAUCACAGAUAAUGCAAAGCAGCUUUUUAGAAUGAAAACGUCGUGCUUCUCCUGGAUGGAGCUGCUCAUUAUUUCCUGGGUAAUAGGUAUGAUCUGGUCGGAAUGUAAGGAGAUUUGGUCGCAAGGCCCCCGAGAGUACCUGUUCGAGCUGUGGAAUAUCCUGGAUUUCGGGAUGCUGGCAAUCUUUGCAGCUUCUUUCAUUGCCAGGUUCAUGGCAUUCUGGCACGCAUCCCGAGCACAGAACUUUGUUGAUGAUGAUGAGAACAUUAAAGAUGUGACAAGUGCCACGCUGCCUCCUGAAAUAAAAUAUUACACUUUUGCAAGGAUAAAAUGGCUGCCCUCUGACCCUCAGAUCAUAUCGGAAGGUCUCUAUGCAAUCGCUGUGGUCCUUAGCUUCUCACGCAUCGCCUACAUUCUACCAGCUAAUGAAAGCUUUGGCCCUUUGCAGAUAUCACUGGGAAGAACUGUAAAAGACAUCUUCAAGUUCAUGGUUAUAUUUAUUAUGGUGUUUGUGGCCUUCAUGAUAGGAAUGUUUAACCUGUAUUCCUAUUACCUUGGA